GCGAACUCGCCGGGAUGGGAAGCGGGGCGUCGGGCGCGUCGAAGGACGUGCCCAUGGGAGGCAGCUCCGGUGGUCUCACGGGUGCGGCGUACGCCGCCGCGAAGCGCGCGGCGUUCAUCGCUUCCAUGACGGCGGUGGUUUUCGUCGCCGCGGUUGGCGGGACCUUUGUGUGGGCCACCCACAGCAUGGGGAACGACUUGAUUGCGGGCGUAGGCGCGCUGAUCCUGUCGCUGACGCUGAUACGCGUGCAUCUGGAGUAUCGAAAAAUCGUCGAGCUGUUGGAGCUCGUGGAGCUGUGCACGAGCGACCCGGCGCAGCUGCGAGAGAUCGCGGAGGAGCAGCUGGCGAAACGGGCGGGACGCGAGUGGAGCGCGGUCUCGGCGCUGAGGAGGUUCAUGUUCGGCGGAACCAUAGCCGGGUUGUUCCCGAGCCCAAGCGAGCAGGUGGUGCGGGCCGCGGUGAAGAGCGCGGGAGGCGACGUGGACAUCGAGGAGCUCACGGCGGAGCAGCGAACGCGACGGACAAAGCUGGAGCAGGCUCUCGCCAAGGUGGAGGCGAGGAAACGGAAGAAUCGCGAGAAAGCCGCCGCGCGCAUCAGCGAAGGGGAGGAGGCCGGGGCGCCGGGAUACACGGAGGAGUUCGUGUACGACGACAGGCGCUCGACGCACGGAACCGUGGCCAGGAUCGUGUACGCGGGCGGGAUCAGAUCGAAUCCUAACACGCCCUCGUUGGGGUCGCCGAGGCGGCAAGAUUCGCCUCCAAAGGAUGAUGUCGGUUCAAACGUCGCGGCGAGCGACUUGGCCGGCGCGGCGGUCGCGGCGAUGGCGGCCGGUAAAAACGCGAUCGCCAGCCCGCUCGCGCAGGUCACCUCGCGGUCCAGCAUCCUGGACAUCCCCGAGGAUCCCGAGUCGGCCAUGACCGAGUACGUGGAGACUGCGCUGAUGAAGGUGCCGGAUGAGAUCUUGGGCCUCAUCCUCGGCAACGCGCUCUUCGGCCCCGUCGUCAUGAUCCUCACGGGCGUCGCGAUGCUCAUCAUGAGGGACCAGGACAAGAGCGGGCUGAUGGGCCCGUGCGGAACGGGGCUGGUGUGCCUCGGGGCGUGCGGCGUGGGCAUCGCGUACGCCACGCACUACGCCACGCGAGCCGCGCUGCGAUACACCCUUCGCACGCUCGUCGCCGCGCAACUCAAGGGGUUUAACCGGUUCGUCGGCGACGUGAGCGACGGCGUACGCGUGGGUUGGAGCGCGACGAUGAGCGCGGUGGCCACCGCGGCGACGGCGGUGAGCGACGGCGUGAGCAAGACGCUGGGGUACGGGGCGACGGCGGAGACUUCUCCGCCGACGAAGGCGAAAGCGGCGGAGGACUGAAACGACGUCCCGACUCGCGCACCAUCUAUUACGCCGACCUAUUACGCCCGGGCGCACAUAGCCACCACUGUACGAAUACACUAACACGACACGCCGUUUGGUC